AUGAAGUUCUCCAGCAUCUUCGGUGUUGCCAUCAUGGCUGCCAGCGUUGUUGGUUCCACCACCGCUGCUGUCGAAGGCGCAAAGGAGAUGGUCAUCGCUGCUUUGCAGGCUCGUGAGGUCCCGGCUAAUGAGAUCAAGGCAUUUCUUGACCUUGUUCCUCGUGAUACCGUCACCGUCACCACCUCUGCCUGCGGUCCUUACGGAUACACUCCCGGUUCCUACGGUCCACCAGCCUCUGCCUCUGUCCCUGCGACUACCGGUACCACAACCCCACCAAUUGCGACCACUGGCACUGCGACUCCCACUCCACUGACUACGACUUCCAUUACCUCCACUACCCGGGUGACCACCACUACAACUCUCACUCCAGAGACUGCGACCACUGAGACCCCAGAUACUCCUCCAGUUGUUCCGGGUACCACUCCUGUUGAGAGCACCACUCCGGUCACCACCACCUCAGGGGUUGGAAGCACUGGCACUACUCCAGAGAUCAGCACUGGUGUCAAUACUCCGGCUAGUAGCAGUGUCGAACAUACCACGUCCUCCACUACUACCGAAACCACCGAGUUGACCCCCAGUACUUCGACUGCUAGAUUCACUCCAAGUACCUCCACACCACCUGCUCCCGUCAAUGCGGGUGCCACUUCCGGCAUUCAUGUCGGUUUGAUCGGUCUUGUGGCUGUGUUGGCACUUGCUUGA